AUGUCUGACGUUGAUACUAAAAUCGCUUCGUUGAAAAUCGAAGCACCCGAAGCUCUUGUAAAACAAACAGAAGAAUUUGCGAAGCAAAUUAUCACUAUUCUUCCUGGAAUACAUUGUGCCGUUGGAUAUGGCCUAGCAAAUAGUAUGUUAAUUGAAGGUGAUGAUGGAAAUAUUAUAAUUGAUACAUUGGAAUCAUGCGAAGCUGCCAUUGAGCUUCAUAAAGAUUUUCAAGCAAUAUCAUCAAAGCCAGUGGCUGCAAUUAUCUAUACUCACAAUCAUGCCGAUCAUGUGUUUGGUACUGAAGUGUUAGCUGGUGAUAAUUUAUCAAAUGUGAAAAUUUAUUCGCAUGCAACAACUCGAAAAAUGUUCGAUAUAACAGGUCUUAUUCAAAGGACUACUUUUCAGAGAGCAGCAAGACAGUUCGGUAUGUAUUUGACCGAAGCACAUGGAAUUGUGAAUGAUGGUAUUGGUUUACAUUUGAAAUUUGAUAAAAAUAGCCGACGUCCACUUUUAUAUCCAACUGAUACAUUUGAUACAGAUAGUUUGAAUUUAACAAUAGCCGGUCGAAAUUUAGUUUUAUAUCACGCACCAGGCGAAACCGAUGAUCAAAUUGUGGUAUAUAUGCCAAAGGAAAAAGUCCUAUUCGCAGCUGAUAACAUUUAUAAAGCAUUUCCAAAUAUCUAUGCGAUUCGUGGUACCAGUACGAGAGAUGCUAUUCAAUGGGUUUCCUCACUUGAUUUAAUGCGAAAUUUAAGAGCAGAAUAUUUGGUUCCCUCUCAUACGAAACCUAUAUCAGGCGCCGAAUAUAUCUAUGAAACAAUAACAAUUUAUCGAGAUGCAAUUCAAUUUGUACACGAUCAAACUGUUCGGUUCAUGAACCAAGGUUUUACACCGGAUGAUAUCAUUGGCAAAAAAUUUAUUCAAUUGCCAAAGCAUUUAAAAGAACAUCCUUAUUUACAAGAAUUCUAUGGCACUGUAGAUUGGAGUAUUCGGGCCAUUUUUGAUCGAUACAUAGGAUGGUAUAGCAGCAAAGAAUCUGAUUUAAAUCCUGAUGCUCCAAGCAUUCGUGCACAAAAUCUAAUUCGACUUGGUGGUGGUAGUAUAAAAGUAUUUGAAAGUGCUCAAACUGCAUAUUCAGAAGAAAAAUAUCAAUGGUGUUUAGAAUUAACUGAAGCUCUCAAUCUUCAUCCUGAAGAUUUAAAUAAAUCCGAAAUCAUUCAGUUACAAGUUUUAGCAUUACAAAAAUUGGCUUCAUUUCAAACAUCAGCCAAUGGUCGAAAUUGGUAUUUAACAAAAUCAUUAGAAAUUCAAGGUUUAAUUGAAAUACAGCCCUCGCCCAAGCAAGUAUCUCAGACAAUAAUGAAUGCUCCAUUGAAAAGUUUAUUCAUGUUCUUAUCUAUAAAUUUAAAUUAUCAAAAGGCUAGUGAAUUUAAUCAAUUAUUCUUGUUUCAUUUUCAAGAUACGAAUGCAAAAUUUAGUAUUCAUAUUCGAAAUGGAAUAGCUGAUGUUAAAUAUCAAUGGCCGGAAAAUAUUCAAUCGAAAUCUAUUGAUGUGAUUGUUGAAGUGACAAAAGAAGAAAUUUGGAAACAAGUCAUAGCACGUAUAAAAGGCCCUAUUGAAUCAGUUUCAGAUGAAGAAAUUAUACUCAAAGAUGGCAGUGGAGAAAUCAAUCAAGAACUGAUUGUUCCAUUUCUUAUUUUUUUAACCAUGUUUACAUCCGAUUAA